GGAUAUUCAUGAUAUGUAAUCCCUCUCUCACUGUACUCCGACAAGACACACACAGACGGUCGUCAGAAACAGACGGCAUACCCUCUUAUGAUGUCGCUAGCCGACCACGCGUCGGAAGCCACUCUGCUGGCCUAUCUUCCCGUGCUUCAUCAUCGACCCCGUGACAAAGGAUGGGGUCUACAAUCCACCGCAUUCAGGAAGCGAAAGGCCGUCAUCUUCCACAAGGCCCUUUCGACAGUCUUGCAAGCUGCGAAGGAGGCAUCGCACGACGGCAUCACGAUACCGUUGACGCGAUUCGGGGACGUGACUGUCCACCCUUUCCUCCUCAACUAUAUACAGGACUACCCAGAGCGAUGUGCGCUGGCGAAUGUGAAUUUUGGUGUAUGCCCUACAUGCACCGUGUCGAAAACGGACCUCGAUGUCGUGGCCGAUUUCACGGACAGCAGGAGAUCCCAGAUGCUGGAAACUCAACUCGCAGCAGAUGUGUUCACGGCGGACGAUGAUGACGUGCGCCGUGAGGCGGAAAGGCGAAUGGCGGAGUUGGACAUGCAUAGGCAUGUUGAACAGAACGGCCUUUGGGGGUUCUACAGGGGGCCGAGUGGCGAUGAUCCUCAGCUUGACUACCACCUCGCAUUGCAACCAUACCGUAUGCACACGAUCGAACACGGCAUAUUCCUGCACAUGAUCGACGCAUUCAGGGCGGCAGCCUUUGAGAAGUUGCCGAACACACCGCAAACAGAGAUCCUGAAGGAACUCGAUGCGAGAUUGCAAUGCAUUAGUGAGAGAUGUACGCGAACAUAUCCCCAACUUGUGCUGCCCGUGGCCACAGGCARCGAUUUYUUUUCUCGAGAGGGACGCUUCGAGGYGAAGCAAAACCGGUCUGUGAUGACAGUGUGMGUGUUCCUCAUUUUUAAUAUAAUCCCGCGCUCGACAGGCAAGGGCAUUACCGCUUGUUUUGUUAAGCUGAUGCAAAUGUACGUACGGUUGUUUCGGCGCACAGCACACACUCGAGCUUCCCUCGACGAAUGUGACGCGUUGAUGACGGAGUUUGUAACGACCAUCAAAGCGAAAUUGGGAAGAUACCAACCAUCAAAUUGGAAACUCCCAAAGUUGCAUGAUCUUAUGCAUAUGAGAACAAGUAUUGAGCGAUCUGGUGUGGCCAACACAUUCGCUGCAGACGUUUGGGAGCAUCACCACAAGAAAUUCUGCAAACAACCGUACAUGUCAUCGAACAAAAGGAAAGCGUCAACCCAAAUGGUCAACCACGUGCGCCGGUCGCUGGCAUUGCAGGAGGAGACCGGAUUUGUGAGGAAAAGGAGGAAGAGGGCCGUCGAGAAUAGGUCUUCUGUGACGGACUGUAUGGCAACGGGGAUGAACACCCUGGCACUACGCGAUACGUCAAUCCUUCAACUGCACUGGUUCGACAUCGAUCAGGACCAGAUAUGCGAGGUGGAAGGCAUUGACAGUGAUGCGUGUAAGAUACUUGAAGAGCUCCCUUUCAGAACCGAUUUUCGAGCAGCGAUUACGACGUACAUGGCGGAGAAUGGUUGUCAACCUCCUCCUGAUGAUCUCGCUAUACACACACGAACACAUCUCGCCAUCGCUUGCACGCAGGACGGAACAAACAGGGGCACACUUGUUCAAACUGCACGAGCGUCGCCGCGGUUCCACGGGAGACCAGUGCACAGCGACGUCGCAAUAAGAGCAGCCAACGAAUGUACGUGGUUCGCAUCAGUGACCAUGUUUUUCGUCGUCGAUGUACCCACAGACGGCGGUAAUGUGGAACACAAGUGCGCUUUUGUGCAGUGGUACACAGAGGUUGACAGUGAACGAGAACACGUGACAGGUUGCAAGGAAUUGAAAUGGAAGAAGGCGAAUGGACAUCAGCACAACACUGUCGUUUCAACCGACACUAUCGUGGACACCGUUCACAUUUCUGCCGAGGACGCAUCCUUAUCCUUCACGGUCAAGCACCUAGACAUGACGAUCUUGAGCGUGCUGCCGUGGGGCCAGUGGUGGCAGUGGCAAGCUUACGUGGCGCUCAGCUUCUGCCUUCUCGACGUCGCAUUUCAUUGGGCCGAGCCUACAGAUCGGGCUGUGGAGAGCGAGGUUCCAGAUAAUGAGGUAGAGCUGCUUCUCGUUCAAGCGUGGAGAACAGGUACGGAGGGAGACUUUCUGGGAAUUGUAUUUGGGGCAGUGCGCGACAACAAUUUGAGCGCCAUCACUGACGAGUUGCUGGUAUUCCUCGUCCAAGUGUUGGACGAUCUGCCACUAGAAAUCCUGUCACGGUGCGACGAAAAGCCAGGAACGGAGACGCUUACCCGCUCCUUGAAACCGCACCUUCUGUGGUCCACAUGUACGGAGUUGGACGAGGGGAGCUACUAUUUGCCAUCGAAGGGCGUGUUUCUGACAGUUGACGUCACCGAUCUGUCCACGUGGGACCCGCUCGUUGGACGCAUCCCCGAAGGACAGACGAGUGAGGAGGUACAGGAAGAAGAGGAAGAAGAAUAUGAAGAGUCGGAGGAAGAGGAGGAGCAGAACGACGAUCCUGACUACCGAGAGUCCGAUGACGACGUGUUGGGAGAGGUUCGAUUGGGGGAGGACAACGAGGAACAGGAGGACGACUCGAAGGAGCUAGCCACGUCGACUGAUUGAAGUGAAGCAGUCAAGCUGACAAGGGAGGAACAGGAAGCUGGAGACCAGAAGCGGCGGGAAAAG